CGUUACUCUGAGCUCCAGGUGGAGUUUUCCGGGGCCGUGCGGACCAGCGCGGAGCAGAAGGAGCUGAUCCUGAAGCUGGAGCAGGACCUGAGCACCAUCCAGGCCAUGUCCUCCCUGCCCCGCCCCGACGCCGACGGCUCCGAGGUCGGCAGCAUGAGGAACAUCCCGGAGCCCAUCAAAGAGGCCACCGCCAUGUUCGCCGGUUCGGGCGUGAGCCCCCACUCAGAGCUCCCCCAGGGCCAGAUGGACUCGCUGCUCUCCAUCAUCUUCAGCCAGAGGGAGAGGUUCCGCUCCCGCAACCAGGAGCUGGAAGCUGAGAACCGCUCCAUGCAACAGACCAUGCAGGCCCUGCAGAAUGAGCUGGACAGCCUGAGAGCUGACAACAACAAGCUCUACGAGAAGAUCAAGUUCCUGCAGAGCUACCCGGGCAGGGCCGGUGGCAGCGACGACACCGUCAAGCGUUACUCCUCCCAGUACGAGGAGAGUCUGGAUCCAUUUUCUUCCUUCAGCAAAAGGGAGCGUCAGCGCCGAUACCUGAGCCUCAGCCCCUGGGAUAAAGCCACUCUUAGCCUGGGACGUAUGAUUCUCUCCAACAAGAUGGCCAGGACCAUUGCCUUCUUCUACACCCUGCUUCUCCACUGUUUGGUCUUCCUGGUGCUCUACAAGACCGCCUGGAGUGAGAGUAUCGGUAGAGACUGCUCGGCCUUCUGCGCUAAGAAGUACUCCGACCACCUCCACCGUUUCCAUGAGAACGACCAGAACCUU